AUGGUGAAUAACCUACCUCGCCAAACAAUGUUUAAAUGUCUACCAUUUUUGUGUCUUAUUAUUCAUUAUUCCACUUGUAACGAAUACAAACUCCGGUAUGCAGCGGUUAUAUAUCGACAUGGUGAUAGGACUCCAGUCGAUACAUAUCCAACAGAUCCUUGGGGAGAGGAAUCAUUCUGGCCAGUAAAAUUUGGACAGCUGACUAACAUUGGCAAAAUGCAACACUACAAAUUAGGACAAUGGCUUAGACAAAGAUAUGUGAAUUUCAUUACUGAUGAAUUUGAUCCAGAAGCUGUUUAUGUUCGGUCAACUGAUGUUGAUCGUACACUUAUGUCAGCUCAGGCUAACUUAGCUGGUAUGUACCCACCAGAUGUGAAUUCUACUUGGAAUCCCAAAUUAUUCUGGCAACCUAUACCUGUACAUACAGAGCCAGAGGUAAAUGAUGAAAUUUUAGCAAUGAAAAAAGAGUGUAAAAUGUAUGAAAAGUUGAAAAAAGUUUAUUUGAAUUCAGAAGUUUAUAAAAAUCGUUUAAGGCAAUAUGAAGACCUUAUGGACUACCUCACAAAAUAUACUGGUAGAAAAAUCAGAGACUAUGAGGAUAUUUCAUCAAUUUACAGUACCUUAAAAAUUGAAGCUCUUUAUAACUUCACAUUGCCAAAUUGGACACAUGCAGUGUUCCCUGAUAAAAUGAAGAGUCCUGCUUGUUACAGCUUCACUACUGCCACAGCAACUCCAGCAAUGACACGCUUUAUGAUUGGUCCAUUGGUGAAACAUAUUUUAAAGCAAGCAUUAAGUGUUAUAUUGGGAGACAGCAAAUUACGAUUAUCAAUGUAUAGUGGACAUGAUUUCACUAUUGGUAAUGUUUUAAAUGGAUUAAGUGUAUACAAUGGAAAUUGCCCUGAAUAUACAUCAACAAUACUUUUUGAAUUUAUUGAAAAAGAAUCUGAAUAUUAUAUUCAACUUUCAUAUAGAAACAGUACUGAGAUUGUGGAACCCCAUGUUUUAAACAUUCCUAACUGUGGAGAAUUGUGCCCACUGCAACACUUUAUCCAAUUGUAUGAAGACAUUAUUGUUGUUGAUUGGGAAACAGAAUGUGAAGAAAAGUAUGGGUGGCUAUUGUUCUUUUGUGGAAUUAUAAGUUUGUCUUUCCUAUAUACAAUUGUGGAGGCAGUAAAAUUUUAUAAGAAAAAAGAUCAAUACUCAGAGGAAUACUUAAAAUCUAAACUUCUCCUUAACCGCUUGUAA